CGACUCUUUGAAGAAAUGUAAAUUUUAUCCCAUUUUUAACAAAUAAUUGUCCCAAAAUCCACUGAAACCCCAACAAUGGACGCAAAUCGCAUUUGUUCAGUUUGCCAAAAACCAGGAGUAAACUUUUUAAAAGGCAACGACGUUCAAAAGUUGAAGGAAUGCCUCAAUUUUAACAACAUUUCGAUUGAUGAAAAUUUUACACAAAUCUGUGACUUGUGCGUCGACGACAUGAAUCGAAUUUAUUGCCAGUUUUUAAAUUCUUCCUUGGAUUCAAACAUUUUCAUGUCGAUCCAUGAAAACACAGAUUUUGAGGAAAAAAUAGACGAAUUAGCACUCAAUGAAAGUGCAUUUUUGGAAUAUGACGAGAAUUUGAACCAAAGUAGCGAGUCUGCAAAGCUUGAAAUUCCUAAAAAUCGUGAAUUUCCUGAAGAACCUGAAGCUUCUGACGAAAAUUCAUCUUCUGAAAGUGAAAAUUUUGAAAAUUCCAACUCAUCUAUGAGCGAUUUGGAAGUAUUUUACGAUGACACUACCUACAAAUGUGAAAUUUGUGGAGAAUCUUUCGCUGAUUUGGACACUCAUUAUGUUCAAAAACAUUCAUCGGAGUCCAAAAAGUCGCAAAAUUGCUCAAAAUGUGAUUCAAAAUUUGAUAAAAAGUCAGAUUUGCGUAAACAUAUGCGAAAAAUUCAUCCUCGUGUAGCGAUCGUUAAGCCAAUGAAGCGAAAAUUCGAUAAAAUUUCUCCCAAGAAGAAAAAACGCAAAUGCCCAGAAUGCGGAAAAUCCUUUUGGAGAUUCGAGUUGAACCGCCACAUGGACGACAUGCAUCCCGGAAUUUUCCUGUUUUCCUGCGACAAAUGCUCGUUCAAGUCGAAUUACGGUCAAACGAUGGCGGCCCACAAACGUCGCGAUCAAUGCAUCGAGUACUCGUUAGAGGAGAUGUUCGGAAGCGAUUGAAGCUUUCAUUUUUUUUUUGUCUUCUGGAAUAAAAAAUUAAUUUUUUUUU